GCGGCUUUCCUGAAUUCUUCUUCCCACCGCUUCAAAAUACGAAUGUCGGACGAGAGUCGUGUAUCUUUGCGUAAUAAGCUCUUGGCUAAUCUUCUCGCUGAUGCCGCUAUAAAUGACGGAGUACUCGCGGAAGCUUUGACUAUGGAAGAUAUUCUAUCCAGGACCUCCGAUCAUUCGGACGCCCUCAAAGGGGGCCUCACAAUAUCUGAUAUCACGACCUUUGCACCAAAUCAGUCUUUUCAAAUCAGCCCGUCUAUAAAACGGCGCUUGACCGAAGAACUGGAUGCCACGUUGCAGGCAAUAUCAGAUUUCCUAGAAGUUGAAGACUCGCCACCAGAUUCGCUUACCCAGCGACUGAGAGAGAACAGUGAAAAAAACGGCGCUAUUAGAGAAGAAGCAGAUAACAGUCAUCGUCGAAUCGAGAAAAUUAUGGGAGAAAUCAGAGAGAUGCAUCCCUUACUUCAAGAAGAGCUUGUACAAUCACUGCGGAAAUGGCCGCCUGUUCUCAACAGUCAACGACAGGCUCAUCACGACUUUCUAGCGACGACUAUCGAAACGUUCUUGAUCAAAUUAUCCCUCAUUCGCGCCCGGUGCCACCAAUUACUGUAUGGUUUCAAGGACGACGGAAACGACAUGGCGUCCGCCCUCAUGACAAUGCACAAUAAGCUUACUGAGGAAGAAUCAGAACUCGAGAAGGAAGAGGCAGAGUUGGAUCGUCAGCUUCAUGAGUAUCACCGUCUCUUGCAUCUAGUCGACGGAAAUAAGUCAGGUUUCCGUCAAGUUCUGGAGGACUGGAGUCAAAUUCAGAAAGAGACCGAGGAGUGUCGGAGGGAUCUGCGGCGUAUGGGAUGGACCGGUGACUGAAAAUUGUGCGGAUUAUUGUCUAGAGAAUCGGGUGCUGAAGAAUGUCUCAAUUUCACUCCCAACACGCUUUCCUAUCUCUCGUAACGUUUGGGCAACGCGGGGUAGAUACUUAGAGCAAUAAGAAUAAAUUUUAAGGGUCGGC